GCCACACGCAUCUAUCCACACCUUUAAAACCCCCCAUUCCUUUUUUUUCCAUCUACGUUCUACAAUAAAUCUAGCAAUGGGUUGGUUUUGGGCAGAAACAGCGCCCUCCGCGCCGAUCGCGCCGCAUCGCAUGCCUCGAGGAAGCGUAGAGCCUCCACCUGGCUGCCCGAUGCACGAAAAGUCAACGCCUCCUCCCUCUCGCCUCCCAGAAAAUGCAUCGACCCCGCAAGGUGCUUGUCCCUAUGUCCCACCUGAUACGCCAUCACCUGCCUACACCUCCGCCACUGCUCUCCAAUCUCCGCCGAAGCAGGGUCUCCUCUCGCGCCUCAACCCGCUGAAUAACAUGCCUUUCGAACUGCCAAACUCUCGAUCCUCGGCUCAGUCUCAAGAUCUACCCGUAUCUCGCGAAACCAGCACAAUUCCCAAGGGCGACGGCUCGCUCUGGGAAUACCCAUCCCCCCAGCAAAUGUACAACGCCAUGCUGCGAAAAGGCUACACCGACACCCCCGCCGAGCACGUUGAAUCCAUGGUCUUAGUCCACAACUUCCUCAACGAAGGCGCAUGGGCCGAAAUCAUUGGCUGGGAACAACGAUUUUCCCGCGGUAUUGUCCAAGGCUACAAGAUCUGCGCGCGAGGGGAAGAAAACGCAGCGCAAGACCUCGGUCAGGAAGACAUCCUAGACACAAGGUGGCGGGAUCGUGAAGUCCCGCCACCAAAGCUUCUGCGGUUUACGGGAAGGCCGGGGGAUAUGACACCCAAGAGUCAGAUCUUGCAGUGGUUGGGUUGGGUGUGGCCGUCGAAGUUUGCGACAAGUCCGCCGUUUGAUCGGCACGAUUGGUUUAUACAGAGGUGCGGGCCGGAGGGGUGUCACGAGGUGAGGUAUGUGAUUGAUUAUUAUGAAGGGGAUCCGGAGCCAACUGGUGAGCCGGUUUUCUAUCUAGAUGUGAGACCUGCGGUGGAUAGCCCAAGGGGUGCGGCAGAGAGGUUGGUUAGGUGGGGGACGGAUGUUUGGUGGAAGGCUAGUGGGGGUGUGGUGAGGGAGGUGAAGAGGAUGGAGGCGGAGAAGAAGGCUAAGGAAGAAGGGGGCAAGUCAAGAUGGUCAUCUUGAGAGUCCUACGUAUUUUCUUGGAUGAAGUUGGAUCUGGAUUGGUAUUGCUGGGCUCAGCCGGAAGCAUAAUGAGUCGGCGGCUUCGGUGCAUAUGCAUAGAUGGAUCGGCGUUUUUCCAUUGUUACAUCGAGGAAUAAAUGUAGGAUAUCGGUUUCCGGGGCUCUGGCUUUUCACUGUUUAUCCUUCUUUUCAGUUCAGUCUCUCUGAUGUUAAGCUAAGUCAGCUUCCUCCCGCAGCUCCCCUCUUAGCUUCCUGAAAAGUAGGGUGGCUUCGUAUCUAAGUAUAUUUUCAUAUCGCCACUCUCCCCAGAAAGGGC